AUGGGGCUAUCACCUUUUCAGUUUGUUUAUGGAAAAGCAUGUCAUUUUCCAGUUGAAAUGGAGCAUAAAGCUUUGUGGGCUUUGAAAUUUUUAAACUUUCAUCCGAAUGAAACUCAAAGCAAACGAAGAAAUCAGUUGCUUGAACUUGAAGAAAUGCGGUUGCAUGCAUAUGAUUCAUCUAGGAGUUACAAAGACAAGGUGAAAUUUUAUCAUGACAGGAAGCUGAUCAAGAGAACUUUCCAUCCAGGGGAGUUGGUGUUAUUAUUUAACUCUCGGCUAAAACUGUUUCCCGAGAAGUUGAAAUCAAAGUGGUCAGACCCUUUUGUGAUAAAGAGUGUCUUCCAGAAUGGAGCAGUGGAGUUAGAGCAUUCAAAUGAAGAUAAUCAACAGCGGAGCUGGAUUGUGAAUGGCCAGAGGCUCAAGCAUUAUUUGGGACGAGAUGUGGAAAAAUUUGCCUCAGAAAUGAUGUUGGUGGAUCCAUGA